ACAAAGAUGUUGUCUUAGAACACUUGGUUCAAUGAGUAAGCAAAGUAUAAUUGAUUAAAAAAAAGAGUAAGCAAAGUAUACAUUCUCCUAUCUCCAAAGUUAAAGCUUUACUAACAUCUUCCUAUUAAACUUCUUACAUCUCCCCACUAAAGAAAUAAAUCAAGCAUGCACACAUACAUUACUACCAUUGCACGAAUCAAAUACAUCACCUAGAAAAAAAAAUAGUUAUGAUAAUGGGGGAUCCUAAUUGGAUUAUUGCAAUAAAAGACAAAAUCGAAAACAUGCCCGAUUUUUCCCAAGAAAUCGAGCAAUGGAAGAAACGAUCGAUCUACAAGCUACCACCUCGCGUGAUCGAUCUAGACAGCAAGUCAUACAAGCCUCAAAUAGUGUCCAUCGGCCCUUAUCAUCACGGCGAGCCCCACCUCAAGCCAAUGGAGGAUCACAAGGAGAGGGCUCUCGUUCACUUCAUCAAGAGAUCGUCGGUCCCAAUAGAAGCCUAUUUAGAAGCUCUCAAUCACGUGGUGCAAGAUUUGAGAGACGCGUACGAUGCGCUGGAUCCUAAGUGGUUGAACAACGCGCCCGACUUCUUGAGGUUGAUGAUUCUCGACGGGUGUUUCAUUCUUGAAGUGCUUCGAAUGGGCUCUUCUGGACUUGACGCAGGCUAUGCUCCCAACGAUCCCGUUUUCAGCAGCCACGGGCUGCUCUACGUGUUGCCGUUUCUUAGGUGUGACAUGUUGUUGCUCGAAAAUCAGGUGCCCCUUUUGGUUUUAGUCAAGCUACUCCAGGUUGAGAAAAAAAAAUUCCAAGGUCGUCGGUUCUUUCACCCCGGUCCAAGAAACAUGCGUGUGGGAAAAUGUUUGCACAUACUAGAUGUGUGCCGAAAGAGCCUCCUUAAUGAACCGCGGACGAUGAGAACCCACCAUGCACAUGGACAUCAAGGAGGUGAAGUAAGUGGCGAGAUUCACUCGGCCUCGGAACUUAGUGAGGCUGGAAUUAGAUUCGAGAGGAGUAUAAUUAUGAGCCUCAGGGAUAUCUCGUUCGAGGGAAACACCCUUAGACUUCCGAUGCUCUUCAUAAAUGCCGAAACAAAACUCGAGCUUCUGAACCUUAUAGCCUUCGAGCGGUUCCACACAGGCGCCGGGAAUGAGGUUUCCUCGUACGUGUUUUUCUUGGCAACCUUCUUAGGGACCCAAAAGACGUUAGCCUGCUACGCUCGUGUGGGAUCAUCUACAACGCUCUCGGCAGUGAUAAAGACAUUAUUAAGUUAUUCAAAUUGCUCCAUACGGACAUUGUGGUGGACCCGGACAGCGAUUUGGACAUUGUAUACAUGCAGGUGA